GCAGCGCGCGCGCGUGGCAGAGAGUUGAUGGCUGUACCGUCCGUACCCUCGCAUAGCAACCGUACCGAUCGACCAGCCGCCCUCUGCAUGGUACGGGCGCCUCCAGGGAAAAUUGGUGAAGUCUUGCGGGACUAAUAUCACAAUUUCCAGAUAGCUCUAAGACCGCAAAGCAAAUCUAUAGUGGAGUGGCCCUGUAUUCUAUGGUUGUGCCUGUGUUGACAUCCAACGAACUCAGAAUGGAUUUUAUUGGGACAAAACCACUACAACUACAAGUACGGGAUUUGAGAGUUUGACGGAUCGAUUUCGAAUACUGGCGAGCCUUCAACAAAGAAUAUAUAGUUGCUACACCUGCAUGUGUACAGUCCACACAACCUGGUAUAUAAACGCGUCACUUAUAACAGAAAUGACUGCCAGUAAACCAACCUUUCUAGAAAUACACACAAAUGCGGCAUGAUGCUAUCUUCAAGUCGUGAGUCCCUCGGCCGUGCCAGCCUGCCCGAACUUCCUUUCUACUCCCGCAAACCAGCCCGGAUCAAGAUCCCCAAAUCCUGGCAGUUUCUGAGCCACCAACAGUCACGAGAAAACUGGCUGGACUCCCACAGCAUCUAUGCCAAGAAGAAAAACUCCAAUGGCUUACCAAGACCUGGACAUCGAGACCUCUUGACAAGAGAGGCAACUGAUAUCCACCUCAGGAAGGAACAGGGCUACAUGAGAGAGAUCACUGGCUUUCCUGUCAUACCACACAUCAGUGGCAGUGCAAACCAUCGCAGAGGUCGACCCAUACUCCGUCGACAAACAGCGAACAACAUCAGUCAAGAGUACCGCUGGGUCCACAACGGCCUAAACGGGAAGAUGGUCCUGACCAGUCAGAGGUAUCGGCAUAUCUUACCCCCGCCUCUAAGCAACCACCAGGAGACGGACUCUCAUCUGCACUACUGUGAGGUGUUAGGCCGGAGGACCUGCUCUCAGUGUGUUGAGGAAGCUAAUCGCCAGAUGGCAGCCGAGUACCAACAGGAAGCCUUUCCUGGACUGGAAGUGACUGCCGCUAGCCUGGUAGCCCCGAAGCUCUCCAAGACCAUGAUGUCCUCUAGGGACGGCCCAAGGAAACAGGUGACUGCUCCUGAAUCGCAAAUCUCCCUGAAUCCCUUUGAUACAGCCACGACACCUCCUCCUUACCGAAUCUCUUCAGCUUUCACUCAGGAUCGAUACCAGAUCAGUAUCUCUAAAGAUAAGAUGCUGAAAUCUUUGACAAAGACUCUGCGCAGAGACCGCACCAUAAUGAAAGAGACAGGGGGAUUUGGCAAGGUGCCACAGCUACAAAGGAUACAAAGUAAACCAUCUAGUUACUUGCAAACUCCUGUAGCUAAGACAGCCAGGUAGAACAUAAUGCCAAAAGUGGGCAACCACAGCAAACAUUUUUUUUUAACAGAAAACAAAAUUUACCACUCCCCAUUAGCUCAUUGUUUUGCUUUAAUAUGAGCCAAUGUUCAGUGAGCCGCCAAAAGCACACACACAUGAUUCAACAUGUAUCUUUAGGCACAAAAGAGUUUUGGGUAGGACAAAAUGUCAAGUGAUAUUUAACUAUCAAGCACAAACUGCUGUGCUAAGCAAUUUAUUCUGCGAAUAUCUUUAGCACUAUUUAACUUGUAGCAAAUGUUAGGAUCCUUGGUGAUAUUAUUUUUCAUUGUGUUCACUUCAAGAGGCAGUGAAUAAUGUCAUACAGAAAAAAGAGAAUUCAUAAGAUUUCAACUUUUGAGUACUUUCAUUAGUAAUAGUUUAUUCAAUCUGAAAAAUACAGUAAACAAAACAGGGUGGAACAAACAUGUAGUAGUAUGUAUAUUUUGCUCAUCUUACCCGACUCUGAACAGAGUGGGUAAAAAAAAGGAAAUCCAAAUGGCGGGACCAUUUUUCAUAAUAAAAUUCUGCAUGUAGCACUUUUAAAUGUUGGAUAUGAAAGUCCACUUAAAACACUUCUUUUACAAGAGUCAUUCAAAUCAUUCUUGUACAAAAAAGGGGGUGUUCUUUCUGCAAAACAAAAACAAUUCAUAUUUGUUUUCAUUUUGCUGAAAGAACACGUACCUUUUUUGUGAUCCGUGGACAAAAUUUUAAAACGGUGGUUUG